AACUUUUUCAAGAUGCGCAAACCGUAGCUUCUUGUCGUCAACAGUUGAAACUGAAAGGUUUUUCAUGUGAUUCAAAUGUGUGUCAUAAUUUGCAUGAUUAUGGGGCAUGGUGUUUACAGUAAAAAGAACUCUUGCAAGAACUUUUUGUAUAAAGUAGCAAUUAUCUUUUAUUUCCGACUAGCCAGGAAGAGGCUAGAAGGCUUGUGAAGAAAUGAUGAUGUAGAGUGAAGAGAGGAAAAAAGAAAAUUAAAGAGGAACUACUUUUCUCCUUUAUUGUUUAUGAGGCCAUUUGCACGCAUACUUGGCCUGUUCCUGAAAAUCUCUCAGCCAAAUCUCUCAGCUAUAGCUUGUCUCUUGGAAGAGCUGUGUACUAAAGGCAUCCGACUGUUGAUAAAGUGUCAAUCGAGUGUUGACCGAGUAUUGAUCAUGAUGUUAACCGAAUAUCAAUUGAGAUGUCAGUUAAGGGUAUUGAUUGAAGGUAUUGAUUGAUCAACACUCAACCCAGAUGCCUUUGGUACACAUGACCUGAUUUGAUCAAGCUAAAAGAAGUCCAACGGUCAAAUGCACAUAUAAUCAGGUACAAUCCUUAAAUUGAAGUUUUUUCUCUCUACCUUUAAUUUCCUUUGACUGAUCAUACGAUUUUAAUCUUUCAUAUUUUACAUUGUAGAUUACUGGAUGUCAUUAUCAGAUGAAAUAAUUCUCUCAAUCUUCCAAUUCUUGCACAAGAAAACAGUGGUCAAAUGUGCACGAGUCUGCAGACACUGGCAACGUCUGGCAUAUGAUGAAAGCCUUUGGCGACAUGUUGACAUGUCAAAGGCAAACCUUUUACCAGGAUUAUUAGGAAAAGUACUAAAAAGAGGAACUAGAGUCUUGCGCUUAGCCCAGGCAAAGGUUGCCUCACCCAUAUGUGAUGAAAAUGCUUUGUUCUUCUCUGAUGUAGUUCCUCUUUCACCAAAGUCACCAAGUGAAUCAAUGUUCAGCCUGAGGUACCUAGAAGCUACUUCUUGCAGUUUUCAAAAUGACACGCUUUUGUGCCUUCUCUUGCACUCAAAACAGCUUACCCACAUCAGUUUGGAGUCCUGCAAUGUCUCUACAAGUGUACUUAAAGCUAUCAGUGAACUCCGCAACCUUGAGGUUCUAAAUCUCGCCAUGUGUACUGGUGUCACAAUCACUGGAAUGAGUUCCUUAGUGAAAGGUGGAAAAAACCACAGACUCAAGCAGUUGAACUUAUCAUGGACAAACCUAACUAAGGCAACAAUUUUACAGAUUAUAAAAAAUUUACCAAAGCUUCAACAACUUAACCUCAGUGGAUGUAGAGAAACUCUCACAGAUGACUGUAUCAAACAGCUUGUCAAAUCAUGUCCUCAUUUGACACAUUUAGACCUCAGUGAUGGAGUUUUGUUAACUGCAAGGUCUUUAGAUGAAAUUAUCAAACUAAAGCACUUGGUUCAUCUAGGCCUUAGCCGAUGUUACAACAUCCCGCCAAUGGCUUUCAGUUCCUUCUCACAGAUGAAAUCUCUCAAAACACUACAGAUCUUUGGUCUUCUUAACACAGAGGGAAUUGAGGUCUUAAGGGCAGAAAUUCCAAACAUCACUGUGAACAAGUCAUUUUUCUCAAUGAUUGCCAGGCCAGUUGGAUCUGUGUACUAUGGAACAAUCUGGGGUGUGCAAUGCAAAGGAUAGAUCUUCAAAAUCUCCCUACUAAUGUUCUGGUUUUCUUAAUAGUUACCCUUAGAAGAAUUUACCUUUACUUCAAAAUGUUUUGGUUUUGUUCAAAACAAAAGUUAGAGAGGCAAAAAAUUAAUCCCUGUUUUAAUGUACAGUUUUAAGAAAAUGUUUUGGGCUUUGCUUCUCAAUUAAAAAAAAAAAUCAAAGCAAUCAGGUUUUAAUUUGAGGUAUUUAAAGAAAACAGACCUCACAAUUGUUAUUGAAAGUAGUUAUUUGCAAUUUAAUAUAAAAGGAUUUGUGUACAUCAUUAUAUUGUAAGAACAAACAUUUUAGAAAUUUGUAAAAAUAUUACAUGCAAUGGAUAUUACAAGAGAAAUGGUUAUUUUUUUGAAAUGAAAAUUUUUCCACAUCUUUUAUAGUCAGUGAUGAAGCUUGGAAGAUUAUUUUUUAAAACAAUUAAUUUUUUACAUCAUUCCUUUAAAUUUCCCACUAUGGCCAUCCCAAAAAACUUCAUUGCAGGUUAGUUUUGGAAUCCCAUACUUAUUUAAUAUAAUUUUGUUUGCCUAUUAUUCACAUAAGCUUCAAUGCAGAUGCUCUUUGGGCUCAUCAUGCAAUCUUCCUGAAAGAUUGCAUAAUGAGGCCAAAGGGCGUCUGUGUAUGAGGCUAACCAUUCAUACUGAAAUAAUAAAAAAAAACCUCUAGCAAUUUAUUGUUUCAUCACAAACAGCUCCUACAUGUAACAAAGAGACAUCUGAAAGUCCCAUUUUGGUGUGCAUGUACUGUCCAAACAAACAUGUCAUCACAGGAAGGUGUCAAAAAUAUGCAUUUCAAAUAUCUUUAUUGAACAGCAAAAUGUUCCAUGCUUGCUAAGUUAUAAAUAAAUACAAUCACAAACAUUUUACAAUUAUAUCACUUGGUGUUCUGUAAGGUUUUUAAUCCACUUAAAACAAAGUUACUUACAGUUUAACUAUUAACUACAAGUGAUCAUGUUACUGUUAGUGGUAAAAAGUUAUCAAGAUGACGUUCAUUUCUAACCUUGUCAAAAGAAGUUGAAUUAAUACAAACACAUUAAAACAGUCAACUGUUACAUCUCAAAUUUAACAAUGCAUUGUCGUUCCUGCUUACUGCUACAAAUGCCGCUAAACAAAUCAUAGAUUAGACUAAUGCAAAAUUUACAACUCAUGUCCAGGGGUUUAAUUAAGGGCUGGGCACUGGGCAACUUGAUCCACUGUGCGGCCGAUUUUGCCCACCUGGUUUGACCAUCUGGAGGAAAGUUCUUCUUUUAAAGAAGUUCAGUUCAAAACGUUUUGCCCAUCAGUGAAAACCAGUUUACCCUUGUGGUAAAAAUGUUAAUGAAACCCCUGCAUGUCUACAUGUGCUUUGACAAUAACUACCUAUUUGUCCAGUAUACAAGGACAUUUUUAACCACUUUUAUGUAUCAGAAGGGAUGCAAAGGAACAGGAAAAACCUUACAGGGGGACAAAUAAAUCCCAAAACAACAAUUCACUUUAGUCAUGUUAAUCAGGUUCACCUAAAUUGAAAAAAAAAUUGACAGUAGCGCUUAUAUACAUUUUCAGUUAUUUCUUUGUUGUCCAUACAGCAAAAGUUCACUAAACCUUAGGUAACAGAUGUUAUUUCAUAAAUAGUUAUCAAAUGUUUAAUUAGCCAAGUGAAGUUACAUUUAAAAAUGUUAUUACCAGUAAGAAGUACCAACCCUCUCUACAUAUUAAUUAAAGUUUUGCCCUUUUGUAACCAAGCUCAUUAGAAUAUCAAUUCUCCUUACUGAAUACUAUAACACUUCUUGUCACACUACUUAUGAGAAUUUGUUGCUGCAUCAAAAUCAUAGAAUUUGCUGUAUUUAUAUCCUGAUAAUUCAAUGGUUAUCUUCAUUGUAAUUACCUUUUUGCUUGGCAAUUUGUUUAUGUUGCAAAGAGAAAUUAGAUCUAAAUAACUCUCAGGAAUUACAUGUUCAUGUCAAAUUCCUUGUGUUAUAAGUCAUCAAAAAUGUUCUUUGGUGCUCGACUAGAGGGUGAUGAUAUUCCAUACCCAGAAGUUGCAUUAUAACUUGACGAUAAACUAUUGGCAUCAUAGUCAGCAGCGGACAACAACUCAACACGAUCACUUUCAGUGUCGAACCUAGAAUACUUUGCAUACUUCCCAUCAGACCCUGUAAGGUUUGUCAAAGAUGUUGCAUUGUCAUUGAUUGAGAGUCCGCGUCCUUCACGCUCAGCCUUGCGAGCUGAAAGCUUUCUUUUUGCUGACUCGGCCCUUUCUGACCAAGAUUCCUAGGAUCAUAAAAAAUCAUAAAUUGAGAAACAAGUGAAGUGAAACACUGUAAAAGCUUCUACCUUCAGGUGUGUGUAUGGGCCGUCAAAAUUGUGGUCGUAUGGAGCAUUU